AUGGAUCAAUUACUGUCGGUCUUGAGCCUUCUUGUCUUCGCCGCUCCUGCCACUGCCCAGAGCAACGGGACAGCUACUAUCUCUUAUGUCUUGCCUUCAGGCUACAGUACCUCAAGCUUCAACGCCUCCGCACAGCCCACAGCCUAUACCCGCACUGAUUUCGGACCCAAUGCACUCGCCUCGCUCUGGGACAUGGUGGGGCCUAUCGCUACAGGACCCAUCACGACUACCGUUGAACCAACAGCAGAGCCAACCGCAUAUCCGCAGCCAGAUCCUCAAUACUAUCACGCUCUUGUAGGAAGCGGAUAUCCUGAAGUACAGGGCUUGAAGCUCCCCGAGAACUUCCAAUGGGGCUUUAGUUCUUCCGCGUAUCAGAUCGAAGGCGCGGUUAAGGAUGAAGGCAGAGGACCCAGUAUUUGGGAUUUGUUGGCACACCGGGUUCCUAAUUACGUGGCCGACAAUACGACUGGCGAUAUCGUGGAUCAGCAUUACUAUCUGUAUAAGCAGGAUUUCGCCAGACUAGCAAGUCUAGGAGUCAAAGCCUUCAGCCCUAGCUUUUCAUGGCCGCGCUUUUUCCCCUUUGGACAUGGUCCGGUUAAUGAAGAGGCCAUUGCGCACUACGACGACGUGAUCAGAACCAUGCACGAGAAUGGCAUUCAUCCAGCGGUAACGCUCUUCCACUGGGACACUCCUCUCGCCAUAUUCAAUGAGUACGGUGCCUGGACUGACCGCCGCGUCGUGGAUGACUUCUUCAACUACGCAAAGUUCGUCAUUACACGGUAUGAUGCCUACGUUGACGAGUGGUUUACGAUCAAUGAGCCCCAAUACUGCAAUUGGCAAUACGCCGGGUAUCCGGCAGGUGAAUACUACCCAGCGCCAAAUGGCGUUACAGGCGGCAAUGAAGCCCGCUUCCUUUGUGGCCACCAUACACUGCUAGCGCACGCAAAGGUGUCCAAAUGGUACCAUGAAGAAUUCAAAGGACGCGGCCGCAUGACCUUCAAGAACAGCGGCAACUACUACGAGGCCAACAGCACAAAGCCAGAAGACGAAGUUGCACGCCAGCGGAACUUUGACUUUAGCAUUGGCUGGUUCGGUGGACCAUGGACUGACGGUGACUACCCGCAAUCGCUCAAAGAUACACUUGGCGACCUCUUGCCCGAGUUCACACAAGAGGAAAAGGACAUGAUCAAAGGAUCGUGCGACUUCUACGCCAUCGAUCCCUACUCCAGCUUCUUAGCUUUUGAGGUCGAUGGCGGGCUGGAGUCGUGCACGAGCAACCGGUCACACCCCUCCUUCCCUGACUGUGCUGGUUCAGCAAGUGUAGCCCCUAAUGGCUUCCCCAUUGGUCCUGCCGCCGACCCGGCCAUGUCGUGGUUCUACUCUGCGCCUGCCGGCGUGCGCCGCUACCUCAAGCACAUUACUCAAGUCCUCUUCCCAUCGAUCCCGGACAUUGUUGUGAGCGAAUUCGGGUUUGCAGAGCCUUUCGAAGGGCAAUGGUCUUCCCUUAAUUCGGCGCUUUGGGACUUGAAGAGAGCGGACUACUUCCAGCAAUAUCUAGACAACAUUUUGCUAGCGAUUCAUGUGGACGGCGUCAACGUGACUGGAGCAUGGGGGUGGUCCAUUCUAGACAACUUCGAGUGGGCGCUUGACCCAGCGUUCGUCCUGGCAGACGAAAUCGCCCCAAACCCUCCCUCCCCAGCCGCCUCCGACCACCCAUCCACCCCGACGUCCCCCGCUUCUUCUUCCCCAGUCAUCUCUGCCCCCUCCAACCAGCCUGCACCCGCCGCCCGAGCCUCCGACCACGCAUCCGCUGCCGCUAUCCUGUCAUCCGAACAGACUACAGCCGGAAAGCGCAGGCACAGCUUCUCUGCGAGCGACGACGCCGAAGACGAGCCCCUCACCAGCGGCACCCGGGGCAGCUUAUCCCGCCACAUCUCGAAGCGCAGGCGCAGACAGGAAGGGAAGAUGCGCCUUGAUAACGACACCUCCAAAUCCUCACAAUCGCCCUCGCGCAACUUCGCAAACGGAUCGUCACAGUCGUCGGGGCACAGAUCGCCCCUGGCCAAGGGCGCGAAUGGAAGCACACACGGGAGGAACGAGAGCAAUGGCUCCUAUACGAAUGGAGGUCCGGUAGCGAACGGGGGAUCAGUGCCUGCAACUUUCUUUGGCCAUGACAGGGAAGAAGUGACGCGGAUACUGAUACAGAGUCUGACCGACUUGGGCUACCACAGUGCUGCGGGCGCACUAUGCAAGGAGAGCGGCUUCCAGCUCGAAGGGCCCACAGUUGCGGCAUUCCGAACUUCGGUACUGAACGGUGAUUGGGAGGAAGCCGAAGAGCUGCUGUUUGGGUCAAAUACACACCACACCGGUGGUGGUGUUGGUCUAGACGCUCCCUACGGAAGGCCCUGGGGAAAGUCGACAUCUCAGCCCAGCUCGCAGCGUUCUACAGGCUUGACUCUAGCCGAGGGCGCAAACCGCGAGGUGAUGCUAUUCUGUCUGAAGCAGCAAAAGUACCUCGAGUUGCUUGAACGGAGAGAUCUGAGCAAGGCACUUGCGGUACUUCGGCAAGAGUUGACGCCGCUUCAUCGCGAUGUGGGAAGGUUACACGCGCUUUCGGCGCUUAUGAUGUGCCAAUCUGCCGAAGACCUCAGAAAUCAAGCUCAAUGGGACGGCGCUCGCGGUGACUCACGGAUGCAUCUGCUUUCUGAUCUUUCCAAAUCAAUUUCGCCGAGCAUUAUGAUCCCGGAACACAGGUUAGCAGUACUGCUAGAUGAAGUAAAAGAUAGCUGGAUCGCAAAUUGCCUAUACCACAACACCGCCGCGUCACCGUCUCUCUAUCUCGACCACAACUGCGAAAGGGAUGACUUCCCAACAAAGGCUGUUCUUGAUUUGAAACACCACACGGGUGAGGUUUGGUACUUGCAGUACUCAAACGACGGCACAAAACUUGCAUCUGCAGGCGAGGACCAGACAAUCAUUAUCUACGAAACCCACACAUACAAGGUGUUACAUCGACUCGCAGAACACAGGAAAUCUGGCGUCGCCCAUCUUGCUUGGAGCCCUGAUGACACAAAGAUAAUAACAUGUUGCUCGCAACCAGAAAACUCGGCACGGAUAUGGGAUGUCAAGACUGGGGACGACAACAUGGGCUGUAGUGUUUGGGACCUCGACGGGAACCUCAAGCACAACUUCGCCGAUGAUGGGAAACUCCGUGUAAACGGCCUCGCAUUGUCAUCCGAUGGCCAGCGAUUAGUUGUCAUUACAGAGAGCGCGAUUGUCGUGUUCGAUUAUGCCACUUAUGAGAGGAUUGCCGAGUUUCAGCUUGAUGGUACAAAGUUGACGAGUGUUACGAUCAGCCAGGAUUCACGGCAUAUGCUCGUUAGCAUAAGCCCGGAUCAGAUCAAGCUCAUGGAAAUCGACACUGGGGAUGUAAUACAACGCUUCGAGGCACAUGCUCAAAAGCAGUUCAUGAUUCGAUCAGCGUUUGGCGGCGCCGAUGAGAACUUUGUAGUCAGCGGCAGCGAGGAUUCACGAAUAUACAUAUGGCGCUCCAAUGGCCUCCUUAUCGAAGCUCUCGACGCACACUCCAACGGCUGCGCCAAUAGCGUAGCCUGGCACCCCAAGGAUCCUACUACAUUCGCUUCUGCUGGCGAUGACAAACGAAUCAGGAUCUGGAAACCAGCUUCCGCGUCACCAAUGCCAUCGAGUAGCAGUAACGGUUAUGCAAGGUAG